UGAGUGUCGCGAAAAAUCGGUAAUCAACCCCAACAAAAAAGCGUUAUAAAGUGAGAAAUUAUUAUAGAAAUUUGUUAAAUGUUAACUGUUUAUUGCAAAAGUGACGCAUGUCACACCAAACACCUUUUGCAAUGUUAUUUCACCCGUGUUUGUGAGCAUUAGAGGGGGUGGCAGUGAAGUGUAUGAAAACGUGCACAUUACAGUAAAUCAAUCAUCAUAGAGACGACGACAUCUUAAAGACCAGACGGGGCAUCUGUUCCGGCUCAUGAAAGGUAGAGCGAAUGGCGUUAAUACGUUGCUGUUUCGAACCAGUUGAAUUACCAGAAUUUUUCGACACUUUUGUGCAGAAGUGUACGGAUCCAACAUGUUGCUGUGGUUGUUGCUCAGCGCUACGCCCGCGCUACAAACGGCUGGUGGACAAUAUAUUUCCUGUAAACCCUGAAGAUGGUCUUGUCAAAUCGAACAUGGAGAAGCUAACAUUCUAUUCUUUAAGCUCACCAGAUAAGCUAGAUCGUAUUGGUGAAUAUUUGUAUCAAAAAGCUAGCAAGGAUAUUAAUCGCAAACGUUACAAGUUUGUAGAAAUUGCCAUGGAGGCAAUGGACUUACUAUUGCAGGCUUGUCAUGCACAGACUACAUUAAAUUUAUUCGUUGAGUCUUUUUUGCGUAUGGUACAAAAAUUGUUGGAAGACACUAACCCCAAUCUGCAAAUUAUGGCUACCAAUUCGUUCGUAAAGUUUGCAAAUAUAAAUGAAGACACACCUUCCUACCAUCGGCGUUAUGACUUCUUUAUAUCAAAAUUCUCUGCUAUGUGUCAUGGCAACCACGAUAAUGUGGAAUUACGCGACAGUAUACGCCUAGCUGGUAUUAAAGGUUUGCAGGGUGUGAUACGGAAGACUGUAUCUGAUGAUUUGGUUGAGAACAUAUGGGACAAAGUGCAUAUGGAAAAAAUAGUACCGUCAUUGCUGUUCAACAUGCAGUUUUGCGUGAACGUUUUGUUUGUGAAGAAAAAUUUAAUUGCGUCCGGCGACUUAACUCCCGUUGAAGACGCAACACACGUAACACCACCAGUGCUGGCCGAAGAAGUAUUACGCGAACUUGUUGGACGUGCAUCUUUCGGUCAUAUACGCAGCGUCUUGAAGCCACUGCUCACCCAUUUGGACCGUCAUGAAUUAUGGGUGCCGAACACGUUCGCUAUACACACCUUCCGCAUUGUAAUGAUCUCCAUACAACCGCAGUAUUCGUAUACAGUUGUAGAGACAUUAAUGCAACAUUUAGACAACAAUUUCAAGUCAUCGCCGAAGACACGCACAUCUUUAGCUGUCGUACUUUCCAAAAUAAUAGCGAUCGCUGCUGGCGAAAGUGUCGGUCCCUCCGCAUUGGACAUUAUCAAUAAUUUGCUUACACACUUGCGUACUAGCGUCAGCACAACAACAGAAAUUACCAACGAGGAAUCACAAUAUCAAGAGGCACUCAUCAAUGCGCUGGGCGAAUUCGCUAAUCAUCAUCCCGAUUAUCAGAAAAUCGAAAUAAUGCUAUUCAUUAUGAAUACGGUGCCCGAUCUAUCGAAGAAAAGCAAAGGCGAUCAAAUGCUGCAGAAUAUACUGUUGAAAUCCCUACUCAAAGUUGGUACACAAUACAGCACAGUUUCAUUCGAAAAGGCCUUCCCGGCAUCCUUCUUACAACCCUUACUGAAGAUGGCACGUGCACCACAUGAUCCGACGCGUGUCAUCGUUAUGCAGAUCUUCCAGGCCCUACUCGAUCGCCAUCAAAACGAAAAAGUGCUCAGUUAUGUGACUAUAAAGCCUUACCCAGCUUUAUCGCAGGAGCCACCAUCGCGUUCUGACAUAAUAUUCACACAUAAAUAUGGCGCAAAUAUAAUGCAGGCCCUCAUCGAUAGUAUGGCUCUGUCGGAUCGCAUUGAAUCGCUUGCAUCCAGCUACAAUACGGCGGCUUUGCUUAUUGUCGAAAUGGCUUGUGGCGAGACCGUGCAAGAAUUCUUGCUGUUCAUUUUGGGCAUUCAACAGGUCGCUCUCACAGCCGAUUUGGAAUUGGAAGUGGUGCAUAAAUGCAAUUUACAUUGCAUCGCCAUCGCUCUGAUGUCCCUCAUCUCACGCGUUACUGGCGUAAAUAACUUGCUUGAAUAUGCGCAGAAAAUAAUCGACGCACGCAAAGAGGAGGCACCAUAUUUUCUGCCCCCCUUAUUGGACCCGAAAAAGACGGGAACUACGAAAAUGAAUCUUGGCUUACCCCACCUGACCAUCGAUAAAAUCGCGCUAGCUGAAAGUCUACAAAACGCCGGCAUGGACUCGAAUCGCUUACAGACCGGUACGCCGUAUGCGCUGAAUCAAACCGACAAUCCAGCCCACCGUCACUCCUGGGUAGACACUGUUAGCAAUCCACAGUUGCCGCAGCGCAAUAGUUCCGCCGAUUUGACGGCAUACAAUGCGGACGGCGAUAGCGUGACAAGUUCACCGGGAGUCUCUAAGAAAAUCCUUGCACCCGAAUACAAUUUCGAGGCCAUGAAACGUGCUUUGGCCGAACCCUCCGAGGCGAUGAAGCGCGAACAGCGCGAAAAACAGUUGCAGAUAGUGCGCACAUUCCGGGAAGGCAACUUUGAGGACUUGGUACGGCGCACAGAGCCAAAACAUGAUCUUAUACAAAAUCGCCUGAAUGAUCUGUUUAACUCGCUGGCUGUUGAGCGUCAGAUAACCCAAAGCGACAUUAAAACGCAGCAGCUGCAAGCAGAAAAGCCGAUUUACGAAACCAAUUUCCCUGAAUUGUUCUAUUAUUAAUUUACUUCAAGCAUGUAUGUAUGUAUAUAUGGGUGCGUUGGAGCUACGUAAUAAUUACAGCAGUAAAGCAACUGGAUUGCACAUUUGCUUAUUUGCAUAUUGCACUCAAAAAAUGACAGUAGAACGUCAUGCUGUUGCAAGUGUUGCCAGAAAUUUACGCAGUACGUAAUCCCUUGACUUGACAAAUUUGCAUCACUGCUGCUGUGAUUGUCAUCUCGAACGCACCCUAUGUAAUAUUAAAUAAUAUUAAGUCCAUUAUAACAUUUUACUCGAAUGGCGAUGACGAUUUGCUAAUAGUUAACGCUGGGCGGCGUUAAAAUGUUCCCAUUAAAUAUGUAAUAUGUCUUCUUGCUUGCAAAAAUGUUUAAAACACAAAAUAAUAAAUAUUCGUUGUAGUUGUUGCAAUAUACAGUUAACCAUUUUUAAUUGUUAAACAAGUUUGUAAAAGUAUUGGCAGAGCUUAGAUAUUAAAAUUAAUUGCUUAUCAUAAUAAUAUAAUAAUUAUGUAUAAGUAUAUAUGUAUAUUGUAUUUUUUGUGGUUAUUUUUCCAUUACAUAUUUACAAGCAGUAAUUAUUCUAAUGGUUGUAGUUAUAAAAAUUAUGUGGAAUUAUAUUGGAAUAUGAGAAAUUUGGAAAAACA